ACGCCGAAUCAAAACAAUGGCCGACUACGUGCCUAUUUAUGUGAACAUUAAUGCUACUCUUCUCCUUAGUGAUAAUUGCCUGCGUUGUUUGAAACACGUUGGGUACUGUCGGCAAAUCGUUCAUUAAGUCUCCUUUUACGAGCAAUUCCUAGGUUUUCAGGCCAUAUUUGAGCACCGCAAUGAGUGAUGUUGUUGAGAAGACACUGACAGCUCUCCCGAGUCUCCUGUCACUAGACUCUCAAUCAGGGUCUGGGAAACUUUCAUCCACCUCAAAAUUAGGAAAUCUCAUCAGAGGCAUCACUGAGCUGACAUCUAAACAUGAAGAGGAGAAGCUUAUCAGACGUGAACUGGUCGCAAUCAAAGAGCAAGUUUCCUCCCCCAACACCACUAUGAGGCAGAUGAAGGAGAUUAUGGUGAGAGCCAUUUACUGUGAAAUGCUUGGCUACGAAGCAUCCUUCACCUACAUUCAUGCCAUCAAGUUGGCUCAGCAAGGCAGUGUUCUUGAGAAGAGAGUGGGUUACCUCGGCGUGUCCUUGUUUCUUAAUGAAAGCCACGAGUUGCUGCUUCUCCUUGUCAACACAGUUUUAAAGGAUCUUCAAAGCACAAACCUUAUUGAGGUGUGCAUGGCUUUAACUGUUGUCAGUCAGAUGUUCCCCAAAGAUAUGAUACCUGCAAUUCUGCCCCUAGUGGAGGACAAGCUCACACACCCAAAGGAAAUAAUUCGGAGGAAGGCAGUUCUUGCACUGUACAAGUUCUACUUGAUUGCGCCUAACCAGGUUCAACACAUUCACAGCAAGUUCAGGAAAGCUCUGUGUGACAAGGAUCCUGGAGUUAUGACAGCUUCUUUACACAUUUACCUACUGAUGAUAAAGGAGAGCCCCGACAAUUACAAAGACCUGACGGGAAGCUUUGUGACCAUACUGAAACAGGUGGUGGGGGGGAAGCUCCCCAUGGAUUUUAACUACCACAGUGUACCAGCUCCCUGGCUGCAGAUCCAGCUGCUCAAAAUACUGUCUCUCCUGGGCAAAGAUGACCAGAGCACAAGCGAGAUUAUGUAUGAUGUACUUGACGAGUGCUUACGCAGAGCAGAGAUGAACCACAAUAUCACUUAUGCAAUAUUAUACGAGUGUGUGAGAGCUAUUUACACAAUUCAUCCCAAAUCUGAGCUCUUGGAGAAAGCUGUGAAAUGCAUUGGAAAUUUUGUUCUAUCUCCUAAGAUAAACCUCAAAUAUCUGGGACUGAAGGCCCUGACAUUUGUGGUGCAGCAGGAUGCGAACCUGGCAUUGCAGCAUCAGGUGACCAUCAUUGAGUGUCUGGAUCACUCGGACCUCAUGAUCAAGCGCGAGACCCUGGAGUUACUCUUCAGGAUAACCAACGGACAGAAUGUGACAGUCAUUGUGGAGAAGAUGCUGGAGUUUCUCAGGUUUAGUAACGAUGACUACAGCACUAUCGACCUGGUGGGGAAAGUGGCAGAAGUGGCAGAAAAAUAUGCUCCAGAUAAUGGGUGGUUCAUUCAGACCAUGAAUGCCGUGUUCUCCCUAGGGGGAGACACAAUGCAGGCUGAUAUUCCAAACAGCUUCCUCAGACUCCUCUCUGAGGGCUUCAACAGCGAGGAGGAGGACAGGCACCUGAGGCUGUUUGCGGUGGACUCGUAUGUGUGCCUGCUACAGGAGGAUCCAGCCAAACUGCCCCAGCGAUUCCUGCAGGUCAUCAGCUGGGUCCUUGGUGAAUACUCCCACCUGAGAGACAGCCUGGAGGCCACGACGGUCACCCGUCUCCUGGCCAGGCUUCUGGAUCUAAACCACACCAGCAACGAGACCAAGAGCUGGGUCCUGACAGCCAUGAUGAAGCUGUGUGAGGGCCCUGCCUGCGCCGCCCUGGUCCAGCAGGUGUGCGACAGGUACACCGGCUCUCUGGACACCGUGCUGAGGCAGAAGGCCCAGGAGCUCCAGCAACUCAGCCAGGACGCGGAGCUGAGGAGCAGGGUAAUGACGCGUCGCUGCACCCUGGAGCCCCUGGAGGUGGACUCCUCCCUGUCAUUUCUGGACGGCUUUGUCUCUGAGGCCCUCGCUGCUGGAGCUGCUCCGUACAAACCUCCCCACCAGAGACAAGAGGAGCUGUCCCAGGAGAAAGCCCUGAGCCUGGAGCCCUACGGCCUGUCCCUGCCCGUCAGUCUGUCCUCCUGUUGCAUCACCGACAGACAGUCUCCCACUCUCCUGUCCGUGAGCUCAGGUGUCUCAGGCAACAGCACCGAUCCCUCACAGAGAGCAGCCCCCACCACCCUGAAGCUGGACGGUGUAAAGAGAGUGUGGGGCAAGCAGGGCUAUCUGGCCCAGAAGGAGGUGGUGGAGGAAGCGGCCCAGGUGGAAGGUCCCAGCCCUCUCCUCUCCUCCAGCCACCAUGGGAGCGCUGACAGCUCCCAGACACAGACCCCCACCCCUGAGCCCGACCUCCAGAGGCAGCAGCUCGCCUCGGCUCUCUUCGUUGGCCUGGGGGCACAAAACGCUGUGUGUCUGAUGGGGAAGACGGAAGCAGCGCCUCAACGGUUCAGGAGGAAGCCCAGAGGACAAGGAUCCUCGUCAGGGUCCGUUGAGAGCUCCUCUUUCUCCUCUCACAGCCUGCUGGGAAACAACCUCCUGGACUCAACCAACAUCCCCUCAGAUGGGGUAGUUUCCACAUACAAGACCGAACGCACACAAGACCUGACCGCCACAAAUGGCACCUGCGAUCCAGAGGAGACGCCCCCCCCAGGUGAGACUGCAGCCCACGUCCUGCCCCUCAUCAGCGGCCUGGAGACUGUGGAGCCAGCCACGCACACAGACCCAGAGAGACCCAGGAACCCCUGCCUGAGCUCUCACCUGCCGGCCGAGCUCUCCGGGAUGGCCCACUCCGACAUCACCCCCCUGUGCUCGAACCAAAGCCUGGUGCUCUCAGCCUGUACCGUCUCCACAGAGGACACCUUACUGCUCGUCCUCUUCAUCUCCAACUCCUCGGACUCGGCCGUCCAACACCUGCUCCUGCAGCUCACGUGUAGAGAACUGGAGGUCUCCUGCCUGUCAGAUGGCGCCCCAGGAGAGCUGGCGGGUCACGGUGUUGCAGUGUACAAGUACUCCCUGGUGAUGAAGACACCCUCUCCUCAGGUAGAGCUGGCUGGUGUGGUGUCCUACGAGAUGCCUCUUGGAGAACUACAGGCAGUACAGUUCUCACACCGACUCUGCCUGACUGACUUUAUCAGGCCCCUGGCUGUGUCCACAGAGGAGUAUGGGAGAAUGUGGUUGUCCUACACUCACGACACGAAACAGAACUUGAAACUCGUCCAAGACGACCAGAACCCUCUCACAGCCACGCUCAACGCCCUAAAGGAGAAACUCCAGCUUCAGGUGGUGGACGUCAUAGGGUUGGAGGGGAUUGUGGCUUGUCGUCUGCUUCAGGGUCAGCCUUGUCUGAUGCACUGCCGUGUCCAUGACAACUCGCUGGCUGUGUGGCUGCGCUCUCCUGUCCUCGAGCUGCCAGACUGUCUGCUGUAUCACUAUCAGAAGGCCCUGCAGGAGCGCUGAACACACACACACACACACACACACACACACAUAGCCCACCCUCUACCAUUAACACAUAAAGGGGAAGAUAACGUAUACAGACUGGCCACGUCAAAGCAGAAACAACAGAAGCCAAUCCAGUAUAAAGCAAAGAAUGUUUACUAUUUUAUAUAUGUUUCCAAUGCAGUAGCAACAUAAACAUGGAAGUAGACAUUUACAGAGGUGAUGUUUGUGCUGGUUAACUAAUGCAUGGGAAGCAUGUACCGGAAGCGUCAGUCCGAUAUUGACACUAAUCAAAUUUAAUUUGUAACUGUCAUUGGAAUUAAUUACUGGGACUAUGAACAGUAUAUGAUAGAACUAAAACGGUAGUAGGACAGUUGUAAUGCAACCGUUUGACUUGUUUUUGGUUUGAUGUGCCUUUCAGCCGCUUUUUAAGAGGGUAAGGUAUUAGUCUUCCACCUCUCAGUGAAACAUGUAUGGAGAACUCCAGAAUAUUUCUUUUUAGAUGCAUCCUUCCAGCUUGUGUUGAAUCAUAAACUGUUAUGUCUUAAAGUAUUAUAUUUAAUCUGGAUCCUCCUGUCUCCAAAGCGUCACACACUACUCACUGGUUGGUUAUCACUCCAAGGUCAGAUGGACCUGACCAGGUGUUUAUAAAACCAUCUGACAUGGUCUGUAUACUAAUGGAUUU